AUGACAUUUCAUCAAAUGGUCGUGGCCGUGGUGGACAUAGCGGCGGAAGCCGGGGAGGGCGUGGGGGGCGCGGAGGGCGCGGUGGGAAAGGACCGAAGCCGUGGAUGGAAGCCGUUGGACUACGUGAUGGAGAAUGCCAAGAACACCACGUCCCGAUCGGACCCGGAGGACACAAGUGGACAUGCUCCAGUGAUGGUGAUGACCGAGACACAGCAACCACGUGCGCAAAAUGCAGCCAAAAGCCACGUGUACAAGACUCGUAGUAAGAAGCAACCUGCUAGCGCCACGGCCUUCACUACCGGCGAGCAGCUGCACUCUACUGCUGCUCCCGCAAAUGCUGGCGCCACCAACUUCUCUACUGGCCAGCAGCUGCACUCUACUGCUGCUCCUGCAACUGCUGGCGCCACCAACUUCACUACUGACCAGCAGCUGCACUCUACUGCUGCUCCCGCAACUGCUGGCGCCACCAACUUCACUACUGGCCAGCAGCUGCAUUCUACUGCUGCUCCCGCAACUGCUGGCGCCACCAACUUCACUACUGGCCAGCAGCUGCACUCUACUGCUGCUCCCGCAACUGCUGGCGCCACGGCCUUCACUUCUGGCCAGCAGCUGCACUCUACUGCUGCUCCCGCAACUGCUGGCGCCACUGCCUUCACUACUGGCCAGCAGCUGCACUCUACUGCUGCUCUCGCAACUGCUGGCGCCACCAACUUCACUACUGGCCAGCAGCUGCACUCUACUACUGCUCCCGCAACUGCUGGCGCCACGGCCUUCACUUCUGGCCAGCAGCUGCACUCUACUGCUGCUCCCGCAACUGCUGGCGCCACGGCCUUCACUUCUGGCCAGCAGCUGCACUCUACUGCGGCUCCCGCAACUGCUGGCACCACGGCCUUCACUUCUGGCCAGCAGCUGCACUCUACUGCGGCUCCCGCAACUGCUGGCGCCACGGCCUUCACUUCUGGCCAGCAGCUGCACUCUACUGCUGCUCCCGCAACUGCUGGCGUCACGGCCUUCACUUCUGGCCAGCAGCUGCACUCUACUGCUGCUCUCGCAACUGCUGGCGCCACGGCCUUCACUUCUGGCCGGCAGCUGCACUCUACUGCUGCUCCCGCAACUGCUGGCGCCACGGCCUUCACUUUUGGCCGGCAGCUGCACUCUACUGCUGCUCCCGCAACUGCUGGCGCCACGGCCUUCACUUCUGGCCGGCAGCUGCACUCUACUGCUGCUCCCGCAACUGCUGGCGCCACGGCCUUCACUUCUGGCCGGCAGCUGCACUCUACUGCUGCUCCCGCAACUGCUGGCGCCACGGCCUUCACUACUGGCCGGCAGCUGCACUCUACUGCUGCUCCCGCAACUGCUGGCGCCACGGCCUUCACUUCUGGCCGGCAGCUGCACUCUACUGCUGCUCCCGCAACUGCUGGCGCCACGGCCUUCACUUCUGGCCGGCAGCUGCACUCUACUGCUGCUCCCGCAACUGCUGGCGCCACCGCCUUCACUUCUGGCCAGCAGCUGCACUCUACUGCUGCUCCCGCAACUGCUGGCGCCACCGCCUUCACUUCUGGGCAGCAGCUGCAAUCUACUGCUGCUCCCGCAACUGCUGGCGCCACCGCCUUCACUUCUGGCCAGCAACUUCACUCUACUGCUGCUCCCGCAACUGCUGGUGCCACCGCCUUCACUACUGGCCAGCAGCUGCACUCUACUGCUGCUCCCGCAACUGCUGGCGCGACCGCCUUCACUACUGGCCAGCAGCUGUACUCUACUGCUGCUCCCGCAACUGCUGGCGCCACCAACUUCACUACUGGCCAGCAGCUGCACUCUACUGCUGCUCCCGCAACUGCUGGCGCCACCAACUUCACUACUGGCCAGCAGCUGCACUCUACUGCUGCUCCCGCAACUGCUGGCGCCACCGCCUUCACUUCUGGCCAGCGGCUGCCCACCCCAAUUGCUCCUGAAAUUGACAGCCUCCCCUACUCCGGAUUUGCCAGCCCUUCACAGCAGGUCUUCAUGCAAUGCGACGUGGGUUCCGACUCUGAGGAGUACGGAGAGUGUGCCGACGAAUUCGACGAGAUCUUCAACAAGGAGACAGCGGAAAAUGCAUCUCCGGUUGUUGCUGCCAGCGGGCCCAAUGCUGCUGCAGCCACCUAUGCUGGUAUGGCAGGUAUGCCUGACGGGAUUAACAACUCUCCAGUGCUUGCUGCUGGUGAUGUCAUCUCGCGGGCUGAGUUUGAGGCACUGUCGGCCCAAUUUCGGAAGGUGGAGCGCGAAAACGUGGCUCUAAGGAAUGAAAUUAACUACCUCCAUUGCUUAAAGCCGGCAGCCCAAAUUGCACAAGUUUUAAAAGGUUGA